CCUCAAGUUCACUUUACUUACCAAAUCUACAGAGAAGCUCGAGUCGAGAAGGCUACAGUUUCUACCUGCGCAUCUUUAGAUUAAAAUUUCAUUAUCUCUACCAGUACAAUAGGACUAAGCAACAAAGAUGAAGGUCUUCCCCGUUGUCGCAAUCCUUGGACUGACUUUGAUGUCAUGUAUGGGAAACAGGCAUAACCAAGUGAAUGAUGAAGAUGAAUCGGAAAGUAAUGAUGCAUCUGUCUGUGAUGGUCCCUAUGGCGUGUGCCAGAACUACCAUGAGUCUGUAGCUGAUGAGAUCAAUGCACAGAUCACCAGAGAGAUGGAGGCCAGCUACACAUACCAAGCUAUGGCAAAUCACUUCAGCCGUCAUGACUUUGCCCUCCCCGGGUUCGCCAAGAAGUUCCAAGGAAUGUCCGAUGAGGAGAGAGAACAUGCACAGAAAUUGAUGGCUUACCAGACAAAGAGAGGAGGUGUUGUCAGACUUAGCAAUGUCAUGGCUCCCUCUAGACAGAACUGGAAGACUGCCCUGAAUGCCAUGAAAGACUGCCUCAAGUUGGAACAUGUUGUCAAUGCACAUCUCCUGAGAAUUCACGAUGUAGCUGCCACAAGGAAUGAUCCACAUUUCCAAGACUACUUGGAGAGUGAGUUCCUCACUGAACAAGUUGACUCAAUCAAGGAACUAGCAGACAUUGUGAACAAACUGGAGUCAUUCAAGCGUGAUGGCAACCUGGCUCUUGGCACACACAUUAUGGACAAAGAGUUCCAGUAAAGAUCAUUCACCCAGAACAAAUACUCUAUUCAUAUGCUUGAAACACAAGGACCAGUUUCACAUUUCUAACGCAUUACUGACAACUUAUCCAAUAUAAGCAGGAGUGGAAGUGCGAAACAGGCCCCUGUGUUGAAAGUGAUCUUAAGUAGGAUGGUAUUAUAGUCAAGAUAAUAGAACAAAUCCUUACAACUCAUAUAGUCAUCCAUUAGUGGAUACUAUACAGCCAAGGACAUUAGUGCAGUAUGGAUACUCAACAUUUAUUUUCUAAUCUUUUCAAUGUCAAAAUCAAAACAAACAUCACAGAUCAUACUAUUGUAACAAGAAGCUUAUAUCAAUGGCUUUUGAAAUAUCAUUGAGAUGUAAUAUAUUUCUGCUAAAAUAUACUGGUAUAAUUUUACAAAAAAUAUAGAAAUUGUUACAUCGUUUAUAAACAGCAACUAAAAGUUAAUGAGAAUGAUGGAGUCAGUGGAUGGGACACAAAUGAAAAAACAC